AUGAUCAGACGUGAAGGGAAUGUGAUUAUUCUGUAAGGGUUUAUUUGAGUCUAUUGCAUAAUAACCCAAGUGUAACCUUCCCUUUCUCCUGCAUGAACACACCGCCAUCAUGGCAGCAACAUAAACAGUAGCAUCACUAGCUGUGUCGUGACCAGCGUUCUCCGCCCCUCUGUUAUUACACAUGGAGCCUGGCUAACAAACACUGGAGUCUUUUCGCUUAGAGAAUGCCUCGUUUUCAAAGAUACCGACUGAAAUAUUUGAAAAUAGAGACACCAUCUUCAUCCAAAUCUUCGACGGAACCUUUCAGAAUGGGCACCUCAGAUUACAGGGGAUGAUCCACUUCGAGAGCACUAUGCCUGCUGUUGCCUUUCAAGACCUAGUAUUGAAUAUUUACAUAGUCAUCUUUGGCACUGGGAUAUUCGUCUUCAUCUUGAGCCUGAUAUUUUGCUGCUGCUUUAUAAGUAAAUUGCGACAUCAAGCCCAGUCUGAGAGAUUGGCUUACAAGCUGGUUGUACUGAGAGAUGAAACAAAGCACUUGAAUAUUCACGGGCAAACGUGCGCUGUGUGCUUAGAGGACUUCAGAGUAAAAGACGAACUUGCGAUGUUGCCAUGCCAACACGGCUUUCACAAAAGGUGUCUGUUAAAGUGGCUGGAGGUGCGCUGUGUGUGUCCCAUGUGUAACAAACCUAUCGGUGCUCCUAACAAGCACAUCAGCAGCAGCAUACUGGAUGAACUGGUGUAAAUAACUGGCACAAGCAAGUGCUCCCACACAAACACUCCAGAACCCAUUCUACAACAGAACGUCUAGAUUUGUACACAACCAGAAAGUAAAAAAAAAUGCAAGUAUGAGCCUGGCAAUGGUAGUAUUAAAACAUUUCCCAGUUGAGACAAGUGUUAAUUUUUAUUCUAGUUAAGCAAAGAAAGAAAGAAAACCUCAUUACUUUCAGUUA